GGGCCGAUGAGAAGUCGAGUUUCUUAAUCCUCUCUUAGAAGCGAAUUUUCGAAUAUAUUCCUGAACCCUUCAAACUUCCCGUACUUUUGGCAGACUAAUCGCGCUGGUCUUUUAUCGGUUUAUACAAAAGACAUAUGAAAGUCUUUCGCUGGUUAGAGACUGAACAAAGCCGAGUCUUUGCUUUGACUGACGCCUUUGCCUUUGAUUGAUAACUAAGUUUCUCGACAUCGAAAUUUUUUUGUGUGUCAGCUGUCAUGGUUUUCCGUGUUUUGUUCUUACACCUGUUACCAGUGUGAAAUAUUCCGCUUUUGCCAUUGCUCUGUUUAGAUUUCGUUAGCACGAACUGAGACGUAUCUUCACGUCGUGGCUAAAUGUCAUUAUUUCCCACUAAGAACUAGCGGGUCACCAAGGAGAAAUCUGCUCGUUAUCGUAUUAGCGUAAAAUGCAGGAUAAUGCGUUUCAUUUGAGGACCGAAGGAACUCUCUUAUUUCAAGACUGGAAGCUUAAUUCAAUAGAAGUUCUUAUCGGAGCUUUUUUCAUCACAUUUCUAAUUACUGCUCUAUACGAGGGCCUCAAAAUAUUCAGGCAAUGGCUAGUUUGUAGACCUCUCCGUCUCUUAUUCAAGGACAUCUGUCAUUCAACGUCAACAAGUUUAGAUGUACUAGAUACUGAAGACGCCUGCAGCAAUAAAGAAACCCUACAACGACUAUUUGUUGGAUUCCCAAACAGGAGCCAAAGAUGGAGAAUUAAAAUCCACACAUUACAGGCGUUUCUUCACACACUCCAAGUGCUGGUGGGAUAUGUGCUGAUGUUAAUAGUGAUGACGUAUAACGUUUGGCUUGGGGUUGCAGUGGUUGCUGGGGCAGGAGUUGGGUAUAUGGCUUUCUCAGCCAUUUUCCCGGAUGACUUAAGGCUCCAACAGAUUGAAGACCACGAAAAAACUUUAGAUCUAAAUGAGCUUUCAUGUUAAAGUAAUCGUUUGUUACAGCAAUAAAGGAAAUGUGACUCA